AUGAAUCUAAAAGCAAAAGUACUUUGGGGAGUAGUUUUACUUGCUUGUCUAUGCGCACCGCCGGUUUCUGCCCAAGUACUGUCGGUGCAGAAAGUUCAGGCUUGUGAUCAAACCACCGACAUCAAAUUAUAUCAGCUCAACUUGACAUAUAACGUAGGCGCCAAUACAUUAUACUUUUAUACUGACGGUGAAAGCAACCGACUGUUGCCAAAUGCAACUGCAGGCUUAACUAUUCUACUCUAUGGAUCUCCUGUCUACAGCACCGUCUUCGAUCUAUGCAGCUUCAACCAGCCUUUUCUAUGUCCUAUCCAACCCAACACUCAGUUCAACAUCACAGUCAACCAGACGCUCCCCUCCAGCAUUAUCGGUCAAAUACCAUCAUUUCUAUUUGGACUCCCUGAUCUAGGGUUGCAAAGUAAAGUCACCAUCAAGUCACCGGCAGUCAGUAACGAAAGUCUAUGCAUAGUCACAACCAUGGCUAGCCCAGGGGCGGCUUCUUUACAAUCUCCUGUGGCAGAGUGGCUAUCUUUAGGACUUCUCAUUGGCGUUAUCGUCAACGGCUUAAUAUCGUUCGUCAAAUCCUUGCUUGGAGAUGGUAGUCUUGAUACAGCCGUUUCGACCACAUCGUUUCCGCGGGUAACCGAUGUCGUACUCUUCUUCCAGUAUGUUUCCUACACGGGUCAGAUGAGUUUAAGCUAUCCUGAACUCUAUCGUGCCUUCACCCUCAACUUUGGAUGGGCCAUGGGACUAAUGAAUGUACCGUUUAUCGACAAUAUCGUAUCAGGCGGAUCCAGCCAGAACGAGACUACCAGCACUAUCAAUCACUUGGUUAACAUUAUGAAGCGGGACGCGGUGUUGCCCAUGGACACACCAGCCAAUGCGACAGUUGAUGGCAUAAAGGCCUAUGCAGAAGCUCUCAACUUACCUACCCAUUAUCUGUUUUUGAGAACGUUAUUGGUGUUUGCUCUGUUAUUGGCUCUUCUCACGGUUUUGAUGUUCUUGCUAUGGGUUUUAAUCGGCCUUCUAGCGAUCAUGGCAUGUCUACAGUGGAAGAAGUUGAGAGCAUACGCUGUGCAAUGGCCUUGGCUUUACAUUGGUUAUGCUUCUAGACUGGCAUUAAUGGCACUACCUCCCAUCCUUACUUACGCGUGCUACCAAUACCUCAACCCUAUCUCAACAGUUUCAACUGCUUUAGCCUGCGUGAUAUUGGUGCUUUAUGCUAUCUUGCUAUUUGCAACUACCUUCUUUAUUCUCAAAGCUGCUCGUACAGAAACGCUAUUCACCAAUACUUUGAACCCUCUGCGGUAUGGCUACCUAUAUUCAUCAUAUCGACAAGUGGACUACCUAUUCUUUCUUCCUAUGCUAGUGUAUACCAUUGCAAAAGCUUUGGUGCUCGGACUAGCUUCAAGCAAUGGAGAAGCCCAAGCCAUUGCGAACCUUUGCAUCGAAGUCUUAUUUUUGGUUGCCCUUAUAUUUGUGCGACCCUAUCCAAAUAUCAAGUCCAACUUUUUCCAAUCCAUCAUGUCUUUGGUUCGGGUCAUAGGAUUUGCCUUGCUCGUAACAUGCGCAACUGUAUUCGCCGUCGAUGUUGCCACCAAAACAAAGCUUGGAUUGGCUUUAGUAGUCCUCCAUUCAGCUACAGGAGUUUUGCUUUAUAUCCUAAUGAUUUUAAAUCUCAUCUUUGGCAUUCUGGAAGGAAGAAAGGCAAAAAAUAACAGAAAACUAGCCCCAGAAGAGAAGCAGAACACUGAAACGGACGAAUCUAUACAUUCCGCCAGAAGCGAUGAAGAGGUACCUCGAACAUAA